GUACUACACAGCCCUAGAUUGUUUUUCCAAAUUUAGAAGCAUUAGAAGCCUUACAUUCAUAUGUGUAGUUAUAUAAAUAUUUUACGGGAGGGGAGAUUGAUGCCAAAAAUGUGAAAACUAUUCUGGAAAACAUGGGAAUAGAGUUUACUGAUGAAGAACAAUUGAAACUGGCAAAAAGUCUGCCCUUCAAUGAUGAUAACAAAGUCUUUAAGAACAGGUUUCUAGAGGUUGUCAAGUCUCUUAAACGUGGGAAGAUAAACGCCAAAAAUGUUAACUCCAUCCUGAACAAUCUAGGAAUUAAGCUGUCGGAUAAGGAGAUUAAAGAUCUGACUCAAAGCAUACAAGUUGGGGUUGAUAAGAAAAUUCCUCUAGAAACACUGAUGGAAAAAAUCAAAGAUUUUACAGGUGAUUCUGGUGACAUAAAAAGUUUUCUGGGAAACCUCAAUAUUGAGCUCACAGAUAAAGAGCUAGAGAAACUUCAGGGAACAUUGCCAGUUGAUGAUGCUGGACAGUUAUAUCUUAAUAGGUUGCUGCAGAGUGUGAAGUCUCUGAAUGAAGGGAAAAUUAAGAAAAAUAACCACCGUUCUAGUUUGGAAAACUUGGGAAUCAAGCUCACAGAAGAGGAAUUUAUAGAACUGUCAGAAAAUCUACAUGCUGAUGGUAACGUUCACAUCAAAAACCUGGAAACAGUUCUAGACAACAUGGGGAUGAAGCUCACUGAACAGGAAGUUGAAGAUCUGACAAAACACCUGCCAGUCAGGGGUGAUAAUAAAGUGGCUCUAAAAACUUUGCAGAAUGAAGUGAAAGCUUUUACUGGAGAAAAGAUAGAUUCUGGUGACAUACAAAAUUUUCUAAAAAAUAUGGGGAUCAAGCUUACAGAUAAGGAGCAAAAGCAACUGCUGACAUCUCUGCCCACGGAUGCUAAUGGAAAGAUAUUUCGAAACAGGUUGCUGAAAGAAGUGAAGAAUAACAAAAGAGGAAAGGUUUAUGUAAAUAAUCUGGAGACUAUUUUAGAACUCAUGGAUGUAAACCUUACAGAAGAAGAACUUGAAGAGAUAAAGGAUCUUCUAAGCGAUGCUGAUGAAACAGUUGAUCUGAAAAACCUGAUGGAUAAAGUGGAAUCUGUUACAGGAAAAGAAAUUGAUGUCAGUGAUGUGGAAGCAGUGCUCACAAGCAUGGGGAUAGAGCUCCCUGAAACGCAGCUCUCUGUUCUGGUGAAUAACCUUCCCGUGGAUAAUGGGAAGGUCUAUCAGAAAAGACUGCUGGAUGGCGUAAAGCUUCUUAAAGGAGGGAAGAUUGAUUCCAAUAAAGUGAAUACAGUUUUGGAAAACAUGGGCAUAAGUCUUGGUGAAAUGGAGCUUAAAGACCUAACACAAAAUCUGGAAAUUGAUGUUGAUGGUAAAGUAGAUCUGGGAAAGAUGGUGAAUGACAUGAGAUCUUUCACAGGAGACAAAGUUGAUACAAAUAAACUUAAAACUGUUUUAGAAAACUUGGGAAUUGAGCUCACACCAGAUGAACAUCUGGAUUUGCUAAAAACAUUGCCAGUUGAUGCUGAUGGGAAAGUGUAUCAGAAAAGGCUUAUGAAGGGAAUAAAGUCUCUCAAACAAGGCAAUGUUGAUGUUGAUAAAUUAGGCACUUUUUUAGAAAACAUGGGGAUCAAGACCACAGAAAAAGAGUUAAUGGAUCUUACAGAAAGACUGCCCCGUGAUGAUGAAGGAAAAAUUAAACUUAGUAAGUUGAAGGAAGAAUUGGGUGAUGUUUUCGGAAACCAGAUAGAUGUCAGCGACCUAGAAAAUGCUCUGAAAGACUUGAUGGUAGAGGUGACAGACGAGGAAUACUCGCAUUUACUACACUCUGUACCACUUGAUGUUGAAGGAAAGGUGCAUAAAAAAACUUUGCUGGGUAGUCUGAAGAUUUUUGAAAGAGGAAAAAUUGAUCAAAAUAAUGUGAACACAUUCCUGGAAGAUAUGGGCAUUAAUCUGUCACAAAAAGAACUUGAAGAUUUUUCAAAAGAUCUACCAGUUGAUGUUGAUGGGAAGGUUGAUAUGAAAGACAUGAUACAGAGGAUGAGAGAUUUUACAGGAGAAAAGAUUGAUGCCAAGGAUCUGAAAACUGUUCUUAAAGACAUGGGGGUAGAAGUCAGUGAUAAGGAAUGUGAGGGACUGCUUGAACUACUGCCAGUUGAUGGUGAGAACAAAGUUUUUCAGAACAGAUUACUAACAGGCUUGAAGUCUUUCAAAGGAGGACGAAUUGACAUCAGUAACCUGGACAAAAUUCUACAGAAUAUGGGAAUCAAGCUUAACGAUAAGGAACUUGAACAUGUGAUACAAAAUCAGUCUGCUGAUGCUAAUGGAUAUGUUUCUCUGAAAAAGUUGAUGGAUGAUGUGGAAGCAGUUAUAGCUUCUGGUAUUCCUGAUCUGCAUAAACUGUUAGAAGAAAUAAAGGAAUUCACAGGAAGAGAAAUUGAAACCAAAGACCUGAAAAAAGUACUGAAAACCAUGGGGAUAGAGCUCACAAAUAAGGAGCUUUGGGAACUGCUGAAAAUGUUGCCAAUUACUGAUGAUGGAAAGAUAUAUAAAAAUAUAUUGCUCGAUAAUAUAAAAUCAUUUCCAGGUGGGAAGUGCUCUAUCUCCAAAAUGGAUUCCAUCCUGGAAGACAUGGGAUAUGAGCUGGAGGAAGAGGAGGCUGAAGAUCUGAGGAACCACCUGCCGAUUACCGAUGAAAACACAGUUAAACUGAGUGACAUUGUAGAAAAUGCAAAGUUCUUUAUAGGACCCAGGAUCAAUACUGACGAAGUAGAUGAUGUUUUGAAAAACAUAGGGAUAGAACUCACACCUCAGGAACGCUGGAAUCUGCUGAAAACUCUACCAUUUACUUCUGAUGGAAAAGUGUAUCAAAAUCGAUUGUUAAAAGGUUUAAAGACUUUCUAUGGUGGGAAAGUCAUUGAAAAUAAAUUAGGAACCAUUCUGGAAAACCUGGAAUACGAACUUGAAGAAAAAGAAAUGAAAGAUCUACGGAACCAUUUGCAAAUUGACGAUAAUGGAAAGAUUUCACUGAAUUCCUUAAUGAAUGCAGCCAGCUUAUUUUCUGGCGAGAAGAUUAACGCCAGUGACACACAACUUUAUCUGAAUGAGUUAGGCAUUGAACUAACAAAUGAGGAAAACCAGGAACUAGUGGACACACUGCCAUUGGAUGAUAAUCAAAGGGUGUAUAAAAAAAGAUUGAUGGAUGGAGUGAAGGCUUACAGAAGAGGAAAUGUUAAUGUCAAUAAAAUUGUAGAUGCCCUUGAAAACCUGGGAUUCUCAUUUGAUGAAGAAGAAGUUGAGGAAUUGUAUCAACAUCUGCCAAUUAAUGAGGAGAGGAGAGUUAAACUGGAUUCACUUCUGAAAGAAGCAGAUGAAUUUUUAGGGAAAGAAAUAGACUUUGAUGACCUUGAAAAUGUUUUGGAAAACAUAGGGUUAAGACUACAUCUGAAAGAAAAUCCUGUGAUCAUGAAAAGUUUGCCAAUUGAUGCUGCUGGAAGGUUGUAUAAGCACAGGUUGUUGGAUGGCUUAAGAUCUCUCAAAGGAGUAAAACUUGAUGCUAAUAAGCUAGAGCCCUUCUUAAAAACUAUGGGCUUUGUGCUUGAAGAAGAGGAAUAUCAAGACCUGAUCAAACACCUGCUCAUUGAUGAUGCAGAGGAGGUAAACUUGGAGGUUGUAAUGGAUGAAGGGAAUCUUUUUACAGGUGAAAAGAUUGAUGUUAGUAACCUGGAAAAUUUUCUUGAAGAUACGGGGAUACAGCUUACAAAAGAAGAAGUGAUACAACUGUUAAAUAAUCUACCAACUGAUGGCAAAGGAAAGGUAUCUAAGAAGAGACUGAUGAAAGAAUUGAAUAAUGUUAAAGGAACAAAGGUAUCUUUGCAUAAGGUGGAAACAUUCCUGAAAAGUGCAGGAACUAACCUCAAAGAGAAAGACACCCAGAUCCUUAAAGACCACCUACCAGUUGACGAUCAUGGGAAGACUGAUUUGAACAUGUUGAUGAAUGAAGUUAAAAAGAUUACAGGAGAGAAGAUUCAUGUUAGAGAUGUGAAAGAUUUUCUGGGAAAUAUGGGAGUAAAGAUGACAAAUAAGGAGCACAAAAGAUUGAUGAAAAAACUACCAGUGUCUUAUGAUAAAAAUAUUUUUAAGAAAGAAUUAUUAGAUGCCGUGAAAUCCUUCAAACGAAGAAAAGCUAGUGUUGGAAACAUAAAGAGUGUUCCAGAAAGCAGUGGGUUCACACUUAAACAAAAAGACAUCGAAGACCUACAGGUUCACCUACCAGUUACUGAAGAUGGAAAAGUCAGUUUUAAUAUGUUGAUAGAUUCAGCCAAAGCUUUCACAGGUGAUUGA